AUGAACAAGCAGUAUGGUCUUCAAAUGACAUAUAUGCAAGCAUGGAGAUUGAAAGAAUAUGCAGUUCAAGUACUGAGAGGGAACCCAAGAGAAUCAUAUGAAAAGCUGCCAAGCUACUUUUAUAUGUUGGUUCUUACAAAUCCUAUGUCGGUGGUGACCCCUUCGACGAGUUACUUAUAUUUAGUACUUGACAAGGGUAAGCAGAGAAUGGUGUUCCUAAAAGAUCGAACUUGCAGCUGUAGAAGGUUUCAAUUGGAUGAGCUGCCAUGUGCACAUGCUUGGGCAGUAUUAAAAUACAAAUACAUUGAUCACAUUGAGUAUUGCUCGGUGUACUACACCAGGAAGUACCUAUUGAUGACCUAUGAAAUUCCAAUUUAUCCGAUUUCUGAUGAAAGCACAUGGAAAAUUCCUGUAGAUGUUCUAGAUGAAAAAGUCUUGCCACCAGACGUGACUAAAACAAUAGGAAGGCCAAGGAAGGGGAGGUGCAAGCCAAUAUCUGAAAGGGAACGAAAAAGGUCGAUUUCAUGUGGACAGUGUGGAGAAGAAGGUCACAGCAGGAAAACUUGUAGAAAUAAUCCAAAGAGAGGAUGA